AUGUACAUAGAAAGAAUGAGGUGGGAAUCUGAGUGGCGCCGUCGGGGAGGCAAUGGUCGCGCCGCGAAAAAGCAAAACAAAUCAAGACAGACCAAGACAGAUAUCACAUCGCAUCUCCACUUGGAGAACGCGAACAUGCCUACGGCUCUCACAAAAAGCUCAAGCGGGAAAAUGCCGCGAGCUACUGUCCGCGAACGGCAACUAUGCAGGGCCGGGGAAGCUGAAUGGGCGCCAAGACAGAACUUUCACUUGAAGCUGCCAUCACAUUGUUGUGAUGGCAUCGUGGCUGAAACGAAAGACUGGGGAACAAUGGAGAUGCGGAGAACCCAAGCAGGCCAGGAUCAGAUUAUGACAGACUUGACAGGCAGACAGGGUAGUGUGAGAGGGCUAAGUCUCAGUGAGAAGAAGAGAAGUAAGAACAAGAAAAAAGGACCAUUCGCUGCCGUAACGGUCGGCAAGACAUGGAAUUACAGUGGAGCAUCUGGCAGGGACUGUUUUGAAGAGCUUCAGUGCAGAUUCAGAGGAAACACCUGCUCAAUUACAACAAUUCGAUACAUCUUUACGGAGUAA